AUGGACCCCCCUCGCAAGCACUCAGUGACCGUCAUCGACGAGAAUGCAGUGGGCGUGACAUCCGUCUUCGCCAAACGCGGUGCUCAUGCCGUCUUGGAAGAAGGCGCCAACCAUGACGAAAUCACCUUGGGUGCUUUGGGUUAUAAACAAGAAUUCAAGAGAGAUUUCACAAUCUGGGAAUCGUUCUCAGUGUCAUUCUCUGUUUUAGGCCUUUUGCCUUCUAUUGCAUCUACAAUUGGUUACAGCUUGGGCUAUUCGGGAACCGGUGGUGCCAUUUGGGGAUGGCUCAUUGCAUCGCUGUUCAUCCAGGCCACCGCCUACACAAUGGCUGAACUAUGUUCAAGCAUGCCUACUGCUGGCGGUCUUUACUACGCUUCCGCCGUUCUUGCGCCGGAAGGAUGGGGUCCUCUCGCGUCCUGGUUUGUUGGCUGGUCUAAUUUCUGUGGCUUCGUCACUGGCCCAUGCUCUGUCAACUAUGCUCUGGCUUCCAUGUUGGUCACCUGUGGCAUGAUUGCUUAUCCUGGUUACGAGCCGGAAACCUGGCACAUAUACCUCACUUUGCUUGCCAUCCUCGUCAUUAAUGGUCUCAUUACAAUGCAGUCAACCUGGUUCAUUGGGUGGGUCAACAAAAUCGGUACAAUAUGGAAUCUCAUUGUCAUCCUCAUCUUUGUCAUCUGGUUCCCGGUGGGCUCGAUCAACCACCCCAAGACAAACCACAGCCGCUACGUCUGGACCAGUUUUCCCAACGGCACCGAGUGGCCGAUCGGCUGGUCCACCAUCAUGGGCUUUCUCACUACAAUCUGGACCCUUUCCGGCUAUGACGCCCCAUUCCACCUGUCAGAAGAAUGCAGCAAUGCCAACAUAGCUUCCCCCCGAGCCAUUGCCAUGACCGCUCAGUCGGGGCUCGUCCUCGGCUUUGCCAUAAUGUUGGUUAUUGUGUAUACAGUCACUGAUAUUACCGAUGUCGUUGCGGGUCAGUAUGGACAGCCGUUUGGAAGCCUGUGUCUGCAGGUUUUGGGCCAAAAGGCCGGACUCGCCAUGUUCUCUCUGAACAUCAUUGCUCAGUUUUUCGUCGGAGUCGGCUGCACUGUGACAGCGACCCGCGUGAUCUUUGCUUAUUCUCGCGACGGUGCUAUCGUGGGAUCCCGGUGGUGGAGCCAGAUCCAUCCAAAGACCAGAACACCAGUUUACGCAACCUGGGGCGUUCUGUUCGUCGCAGCCUUGCUCGGCCUCUUGAUGUUUGCCAGCCCUGUCGCUAUUGGCGCCGUCUUCAGCAUUGGUGCUAUCGCUCAGUACACGGCAUUCACAACGCCUGUGGCAUUGAAGUUGUUUUUCGACCAUGGCAGGUUCAAACCAGGGCCUUGGAACCUUGGUAGAUACUCGAAGCCCCUAGGAGCUGUGGCCUUUGGUUGGUGGUUGCUGAUUGUUCCGGCCCUCUGCUUCCCGGCGGUAAAGGGCAAAGAUUUAAAUGCUUUGACGAUGAACUGGACCUGUCUCAUCUACGGGGGCUCCAUGUUCUUGGCCAUGUCGUGGUAUGCGAUCGAUGGCCGAAAGUGGUUCAAGGGGCCUCGUAUCAAUGUGCAUUAUACGGGUGAGGGAGCCGAGAUUCUCGAUGGCCGAUCUGCACACAGCAGCGAGGGAAAGCUGAAGGAGACAGAGGCACAAGAGAUCAAGUCGGAGGUGUAG